CUAAGAAGUGCGAAGAUUUUGCUGUCUCACCGCACAAAGAUGCUGAUGGUGCUUAUGCGGAUUACUCUGAAAGCUGGCCAGCGUUGUUCAGUUUCUUGUUUGAUUUGAUUCUUCUAAAGUUAGGCUGGUAUUUGAGGCUUCGCCAAAGAGCUGUUUGGCUGUGCAGCAAAAAUAAAAGGAGUCCAGCGCAGUUGAUUGAACCCCAGCUCGGGCAUCCUCGACAGUGAUUUGACCAGCCGUGAUGAUGUCCUCCAAGUCAAAGCCGAGCAUUCUGGACCGGCCGCUGAGCCGCGGCAAGAGCGAAGUGAGCCUCAGUCUGUUCGCGCUGCUGUUUGCCGAAAUAGUGCACUACACCCACAACCGGGUGCAGUCGGUGUCCGAGCUGCAGAACAGGCUGUCUGAGAUGGGUUAUCAGGUCGGUAUCCGCAUGUUGGAUCUCAUUGUGGUCCGAGAGCGGAACCUGAAGAGAGAAACGAAGAUACUCAACAUUCUGCUGUUCAUCAAAGGCACAUUCUGGAAGACUUUGUUCGGGAAGGAGGCAGACAAGCUGGAGCACGCCAACGACGACCAGCGCAUGUACUACAUCAUCGAGAAGGAGCCGCUGGUCAACACGUUCAUCUCGGUGCCCAAGGACAAGGGCAGCCUCAACUGCGCUGCAUACGUGGCCGGCAUGAUCGAGGCCGUACUGUGCGGAUCCAACUUUCCGGCUAAGGUGACCGCUCACUGGCACAAGGGUACCACGUUUAUGGUGCGGUUCGAGAGCUCCGUGCUGGCCCGGGACGCACAGGUGGACACCCGGUAGGACAGCCGUGUCCAAUCCACUGUGGAUACCCCGUCCUCGCCGGUGGAGGGUCGUCUCUCCCGGAUAGAGCGGCCGCUGAGGCAGGAUGAGUCGCCUUGGCAGCCGCCGCCUGUCGCCCGCAGCUGGGCCGGACAUAGCUCCACUGGUACAGACGCGAUCAGUGUGGACUGUGUGUACUGUGUACCAAGAUACAGCCCAGUGAUACGAGACCGAGCCGAACGGACGGACGGUCCCAGAGAAGCUGAAAGGGCCGCCGGAGAUACCCCAGCGAGGCCUGAGGUGUUGGGACAGGAUGCAUCUAUGUGUGCUGCGUCAUGAUCAUGACUGCAAGUCCAUUCUGCGACACUAGGACCAUCUAGGAGUCUUUCUCUCGUUUGUGUCUGUGUCCCGGACAAUGGUAACUCCUACAAACAGCAAUUGGUGAGUUGCCGGCUCGGGCUGUAUGUUAAUGCGGUUGCAUUUCGGAGUUGUCUGACACAUUAUUUGGGCUUUGAUGUGGGACGUCGUCGUUGUCGAAUGGUUUGUGUUAUGGAGAAUAUGUCCAGCGAAAGAAUAUAUCCGGAGGUGAAUGUAUGCAAGCGAAGGGAUGUAUCCGGCACUGACUGUGUCAUAUCUGCUCUCAUUUGUUGAUGUCUAUGGGUGCUCUUACUUGCAUUGUUAGACCUUCUCAUGUACUUUCCUUGUUUUGUUUGUAAUCAUGCUGCAAACAUAGGAACAACUGCAUCAAUAUAAUGAAUGCAUUUAGGUCAA